GGAAUAUCGAUCCCGAUUUAAAACAUGGAUGAAAGCAAAAAAUAAAUAUUCAAAGUUAAACGCGGCCAAAUGUAACAAAGUUAUAGCACCAUGGCCACAAAAGUUACUGCAAAUCCAGAAAUAGAUAUUUUGAAAGAAGAAAGGGAAGGAAGGCUUCGUGAGGUUGGAAAUCAGGCUGUAUGGUCGUUGUCCUCUUGUAAACCAGGAUUUGGAGUAGAUCAGCUCCUGGACAAUACAGUGGACACAUACUGGCAGUCAGAUGGACCUCAACCUCACCUGGUCAAUAUCCAAUUCAGACGAAAGACCACCAUCCAUGAUGUGUGCAUCUAAGAUUACAAAGCUGACGAAAGCUACACACCAAAUAGGAUUUCACUAAGAGCUGGCACACACUUUAAUGACCUUAUUGAAGUAGACCAAAUAGAACUCAGUGAACCAGUCGGCUGGGUGUGUGUUCCCAUGAAGGACAUCAAUGAUAAACCAAUCAGGACAUUUAUGGUUCAGAUAGCUGUGCUUUCAAAUCAUCAAAAUGGGCGGGACACACACCUCCGCAGAAUAAAAGUCAGAUCUCCUGUGCAGGACACUUAUGUUGUGAAAACACCCAAGUUCACCAGUCUGGAACUCAUGCAGCUGGCCUAUAUAAAGUGAGAGGUUGCUGAUUGUCAUGUGUGUGUUAAAAGACAUCAACAUGAAUCUCAAACAUUUUAUAAAGAUGGAAGAACUCACAUUCACUUUAAUUCUUUCCAAGUGAAAGAUUUUUUUCUUCGGUUGUUUAUUGAACAAAUGAAACAACCGAGUUUGUAAUGUUUUAUUGUAUAUUACCAUAGACUGUUUCCCAAAAAGUGUUCAUCAUAGAUACUUGUAAUAUAGAAUUCAAAACACUA